AUGUCGAGUGGCGAAUUGAUGACAGCUGCAGUGGGAAGGUCUGCGGACGUCAACUCGCCAGAAACAACCGAGGAAAUUAAUGUGGCGCAGGAAUCAGCAAGUGCAACCGAAAGAAUAAAACAGGGCCUCACCAGCAGGCUGAAAUUUGUGGGAAGAAAGUUCAAUGUUUUGGAUAGUCUCUUCAGUAAAAAUAACAGGACAGAGUCUUUACAAUAUGGUGCCAACGCAGACGGGGUAUUUAGUAACCUGACGGCGAAACCGGAUAAUACCAACAGAGGAGAACAGGGCGAAUCCGACAAACCGCCCAAUUAUGAUGAGGCUGCCUUAGACAUGGCACCAUCGUACUAUGGGGUUGAUGACGAUAACUUCGGCAUGUACAGCAACGAAAUAUGUUUUGAGGGCCUACCUGUGGGCAAUGCAGUGAACUUACUUUGGAACAUCAUAGUCAGCGUGAGUUUUCAGUUUGUCGGCUUUUUACUGACAUACAUCCUUCAUACGUCCCACGCAGCAAAACAGGGCUCAAGAUUUGGCUUGGGUCUCACAUUCUUGGGUUAUGGCUACUCAAUGAUUCCUAAUGAUAUAACUGCUAAGGUGGGUAAAUCGAAGAAUCUCGAUAGAUUGAAACCGUCAGAUCCUAAUGAAUACGACGACAUGCAUUUAUACACGAAUAGCGCGGCGAAAGAUAUGUUUGAGUCCAGCCUCAGUCACGGAGGCGAAGAGGAGAAGAGAGGUGUACCCUUUCUUGCCAUCGUAUUGUUUUUGAGUGGGGCUUUCAUAAUGACAAAGAGCAUAUACGACUAUGUUAAAGUCAAAAGAAAGGAAAAGCAGUACUUCACACAGGAACCUGUGUAA